ACAGCUAAGAACAAGAUUUCGGUUUCGAAGAUGUUAAUGUAAGGAUUUAGAUGGAUAUGUAAAAAAAAUAUGACACCUAUGGCAGGCAUAAUUGGAUGAAGAAUAGAAUAGAAUACAACUUUAUUGUCUAUCCAGAAUUUACACCGACACCAUUGGUUAACUAACUUGGAAAUGUGAUCCUCUCGGUUGUUCUAAGCAUGUUCAAAUAAUCCUUGAUCUGAACUAAGAUCAAUGAGUCGAAAGAGUAGGCCUACUUAAAUGAAGUCACUGCUAACAUUUGGCUGACGUAGGUGUUAUGGACCAUCCUUCCUCUUUCAUUCUACCCAUUUUUGCUCAAUUGUUGUUUGAGUGAGAGCAAGUGAAAUGGAGCUGUCUUAGAGGAACCGUGUUCAAAUGUCCGACUAUGAGGAUGCUACAAAUAUACAGCAGAACACAUAUGGGCCAGAAUCAAAGAUUGAAGACAUCUACCACACUCUGCAGUAUCCAGCUAUAAAUGUUGUCAGAUUGGAAGAAGGGCGACAACUCCCGGAGCGACCCAGAAAUCCAGUUUUCCUGUUGAUCUCCUUAGUUACAAUACUGUUAUUAGUCAUCAUUCUUAUAAUCGUUGGUCUUCACUAUCAUCAGUUCACUGAGUCUGUCCCUCCCAUGAAUAAAGUUCUAAGGCAGGGUGAUGAAGUCUGGUUCCAUCACCAGAGGAUCUUCUACCUUUUCUGGGAGGGUGAGGGAGAUUGUUCCAGCGCCCAACUCUUCUGCAAGCAGAGGAACGCCGACCUUGCAACACUGGAUCUAAAUAACAAGGACUGGGUGUUGUCCAGGGCCAGAGGGCAGCGUCUGUGGGUCGUGGUCGUGGAUGACUUGACAGAAGGCUCUGCACACGACAAAGGACCACCACCGAUGCCCCAACGCCAACUCGUAGUAAACAAUGACCACAUGGAUGCAGAUGGAUAUUAUUUACGGUAUGAGGACAAGUUUGACCUGGAUUUUUUGGGGGAUUCAGAGGACUCUGAACCUGGCUGUGGCCUCCUGAAUCUCAGUCCACCUCCAGACAGCACAGGGCCCAGCCAGGGCUGGGUGUGCCAGGUAAAUGCUUCCUCGCCUGGUUGUACAUGAGAGGAGGACCGCCUGUCUCUCCAAGAUGGAAACCCCAGCUUCUUUUCUUUCUUUGAAAGUAAUAUGUAAUGGAAUGUGUGCAUCUUUAGUUUUUAUAUUUUGUUCCAGAACACUGCUGUCUUCCCAAGCAAAAAGGGACAGUAAUUGGCCGUGUGGUCAAACUUGAGUUAAUGUUGCUUUUGGUGCAGGUAAUUUGCUUUGACACAUGGUUGAAUCUUACGUCUCAACUGUGUUUUUGAGAAGUUAGGGGGGUCUGAUCGGCAGUAACUUCAUAAACUCAAUCAAAAUGAAACACUUUGAAGUAACAAUUUUUUUCAGAACAAUAUUUUUUACAUUGGUUGGAGAGAACACGCAAUUACUUACUUGAUUUGAUGUUUACCAGAAUCAGUCAAAUAAAAAAGUGUAAUGUUUUUAUGAACAAUUGUGAGAUAAUUAUAUAUAGGCUUCAUUGCCUUUUUACAGUGUUCAGAAAAUGUAUGAACUUUCUCAUGACUUUGCACAGAUGACACCAAGGGGGCACUAUAUAUCAUUGUUAAGAUUUGACUGUCAAACUUAUAUUUACAUUUACAUUUAGUCAUUUAUCCAGAGCGACUUACAGUAAGUACAGGGACAUUCCCCCAAGGCAAGUAGGGUGAAGUGCUUUGCCCAGGGACACAACGUCAUUUUGCAUGACCGGGAAUCGAACUGGCAACCUUCGGAUUACUAGCCCAAUUCCCUCACCGCUCAGCCAACU